UCUUACAUAUGUCAAUAAAAUGACAUCUUCCUUUUCGUUUUAAAGUUUUUAGACGAAAGUUGUAUUUUCCUCUGCUGUUCACGUUUCGUGUCGAAAAAAAGAGGACUUAAAAAUGCGUUACGUGGCUGCAUAUAUGUUGGCUGUCCUUGGUGGACUUGAAAACCCAAAAAAUAGCGACAUCGAGAAAAUUCUCAGUUCUGUUGGUAUUGAAGUUGACGCAGAACGCUUGACCAAAGUUGUAAAGGAAUUGAAUGGUAAGACCAUCAAUGACUUGAUCAAGGAGGGCCGAGAAAAACUUUCCUCGAUGCCAGUUGGUGGUGCAGCCGUUGCUGCUGCCCCAGCCGCUGGUGCUCCAGCUGCUGCUGCCGGUGGUGAAAAGAAAGAAGCCAAGAAGGAAGAAAAGAAAGAAGAAUCAGAAUCUGAAGAUGAUGAUAUGGGUUUCGGUCUUUUCGAAUAAAAUAUGCCACCGACAUCAUGGGAAUGUGUAAAACUUAUUUGAGGUAUUACAACGCCAACAAAACGCUUUCAUACAAAAUUAAAUGUAAAAAGGAAUUAUUUCUAUGAAAUAAAAUUGAAAUGAGUUUUUACAUGUAAA